CACACGUGUGUCGUGUCACACGAAAUGCCAAUAGGAAUGAUUUAUUAAUACCGUUCGACCGAUGAACAGAAUUUCAAUAUUGAAUUAACGCCAACCGUUCUAAUAGUUGCAUUUCUCCCGCAUUAAGAUCUCAUCGUAUGUGCAUCUCACGAUUGUAAAACUGCCUACUAAACAGUUCUAAAGUAUUAACCGUCGGUUUGCAGUCUAAUGUCUGGUUGUUAAUCUGGUUCAAUGAGCUGAACAGAUAUUUUUUAACCAUUGGAAUGGUUUUUUUUAAGUAUUUUUUAGUGAUUAUUUUACUUCCAUACUUGUACUGUGAAAGUCAGAUUGAUGAUGAUUUUACAAAUGUCAAUACUAGUUUACAGUUAGUAACAAGGUUUUCUCAAAAUCGUAUUCAUGGCUCAAUAUUAUUUUCCCAACAUUCUACAAAUGAUGAUAUUAUUCAAAUUACUGUUUCAUUAAAUAAUUUUGGAGAGCCAUCACAAUGGUCGUGGCAAAUAAAAGAAUUUCCAGUUGAUUACACUAUUUUAACUGAUCGAUGUACUGACAAAAACCUUGGCAACAAACUUAUUAACUUUGAUGAUACAUUUGGAGCAUUGACUUUGGAGAAUCAUACACAACUUCAGUUUUCAAUAUCAAAAUCUAUUUUAGAACUUACUGGUCCAUUGGGAAUUUGGUAUAGGUCAUUAUUACUUAAAGAUAAUGUUGGAAAUACUAUUUGUUCAACAAUUAUGGCAAAAGAUGAUUCAAAAUUGAGAGUGGCUGAGGCAAAUUUUCAAACACGAUUUUUCGGCAAAAUUUAUAUAAUUUGGGUUGGAAUAUCUGGAAGUUUAAUGGAUGCUAUCAUAUUUACAAAUCUUGAGGAUAGAAAAAGUUUGAAAUCUGAGCUUAGUACCAAUAAUUGGAAAAUUUUCUCAACUGAUGUUCUUGAAACUAAUUUAGGUAAAUCAAAACUCAAUUGUGAUGCUCUACAAAUUCUAUAUGAUCCAGAAUCUACCGGGUUGGGUGAUUUAGGUGCUCGUCUUGGACCAGUCCAAAUUGGAAAAAAGUCAUUAAUUCGCGAUACUAAUUUAGCAACAUUUGAUAUUGAGUAUGAAAAUAGAGUUUUAUACAUGGUUCUGUUUGAUAGUGAUCAUACUGAAAAUAUUUUAGACUGUGCUCAAAUAUAUUUAAAAAAAAGCAUGACACUCAAAGGAUUUGUAAAUGAAACAAAAAUAAAUCUUGAAUUAACCUUAUGGCAAAAAUCAAAAUUUGAAGUAACCAAUAUUUAUACAAAAGUUGAAACUGUUCAAAAUGGCCUAACUUUAAGUUUACAUGAAAUACCAUCGAUUCCAAAAACAUAUAAAGUUCCAUCAAAUAUAAAUAAUGAUUGCUUGGGUGUUGGCAAUGUUUUUAAUCCUACUGGUCAAGUAUUCCCUUCUACUGCUGAAAGACUCACUCAAGAUCAAUAUGCUAUUGGUGAUUUAAGUGGAAAAUAUAAUUAUGGCAGUUCCAUUUGGGAUAUAUUUUUACCAUUAUUUGGAAGCAAUAGUGUUAUUCAUAGAUCAUUAGUUUUAUACAUAAAUAAAGAAAUAUGGACUUGUGCCACAUUAUUACCAUUUACUGGUCCUAAUUCUCAAACUAAAAUUGCUUACUUAACAGCAGAGGCAAUUUAUCGUUAUCCUUUAGUUGGAAGGAUUAUAUUUCGACAGCCAGUUGACAUAGGCGCUACUGAAACUAUAAUAAUUAUUGAAAGUUUAGUUCAUGCUGAUGGUACUACUCUAAAAGAUUCAGAUGAACAUAGAUGGUCUAUAAACGUACAACCACCUGGUAAGGAUUUUUAUGACUGGAUGAAUCGAUGUAAAAGUGCUGGCCUUAUAUAUGACCCUUAUAAGGUUGUAAAAAACAACAUGUCAUCUUUAUGCAGCAAAUCUCUUAAAUACUGCAGUGUAGGGGAUUUAUCUUCUCGUUUGAAUAGUUUGUCUAUAGCAGGCAAUAAAUUAAACUCCAUAAAUAUUAGUAGACGAAUGUUUGUGGAUGAAUAUAUUUCAUUAUUUGGAAUAAAUUCAAUUAUUGGUAAAUCACUUGUAAUUUACAGUGAUCAUGGUCCUGAAGCUCGUGGAGAUCGUUUAGCUUGUUCAAAGAUUGAAAAAGUAUGGCAUAGAAAAGCAGUUGUAAAAGACUGGUAUAGUGAAAAUGACACAAUAUCUGUUUCUGGUAAAAUUGAAUUAUUUCAACUUUCUGAGUAUGAUCCAGUUGAUUUUGAAAUCAACUUACAAGGUGUACAAGGUGGAAAUAAUUAUUAUGUUUAUUCGAAUCCAGUUGAUGGUGGUUUAGAUUUACCAUGUGAGAAUUCAAAUUUAUAUGAAGUCUGGGAUCCAUGGAAUAAUAAAGUAACUGGAACUUUACGAUACGGUGAUUGGAGUUCACGGUUUGGUUCGAUACAUGGUGCUAGAACAUUAACUGCAAUUGGCAAUGAUACACAUGCUCAGCUAUUUGGUCAAUUGGUAUUUUUGAGUCGUUCAGUUAUAAUACAUGGUAUACCUGCUAAAAAAAGGUUAGCAUGUUCUACAAUUGAAAGAGGAUAUGCACCAUCAGAAGCUAGAGAAAUCAGAGCAAUGGCUUCAUUUCAUAAUCCAAAUGGUUUUCUUUAUGGUUAUAUACGAAUGACUCAAUUGAUCUAUAAUGAUGGAAGUAAAAGUGAUACUGUGAUAGAAGUUAAUUUACAUUAUCCUGGGACAUAUAAUCGAAAUAUAACAAAAAAUCAUAAAUGGGCGGUUUAUGUCAAUCCUGUUGGUAUUGAUGCAACUGUUGUAGAUCAUGGAACUCGGUGCACUGCAGCUGGGUACAUAUGGAAUCCAUAUUACACUCAAUUAGCUGAUCCAUUGAAUAUAAUGCUUUAUGAAAAUGAAUGUGGACCAGAUCAACCUUUACGAUGUUAUGUUGGAGAUAUAUCAGGUCGUCUUGGUAAUAUUGAUGUUGGAUCACAUUCAAUGGUAUUUUCUGAUCCAAAUUUACCUUUAGAAGGAGAAAUUUCUGCAAUUGGAAGAUCAAUUAUAGUGUUUUCAAAAAAUGGUUUUCAAAAAUUAGCUUGCGCUAACAUUGAAUAUGACAAAGAUAUAAUAAAAUAUGUAAAUGUAAGAAGAACUACCAAGUAUGAAACAACACAUUUUUUCGAAGCUGUCAGAAGCGUAUUGGGUGUCCCUGAUUGGAUGUUAACUGUCGACAGUAGAAAAACGAAAAUAUUACACAAUGGAGCUUGUAUUCAGUAUUUGGUGCAUUUCAAAGGAUCCAUUGCUAAUGAAUUAGAAUCAGAUUUUAGUAAACUUUUAACACUUGGAUAUUUACCUGCUCAAACACUAAAAAUAAGUGGUUAUUAUCCUACUAAAGUUAAGUUGAAAAUUCCAUAUCAAAGUUGCCCAGUAUAUAAUAAAAAACUGGCAUCAAGUAUAUCAUCUGCAGCGAAGUGGAUUAAGAGUUAUAGUUUAACAGUUACUAUAACACUCAUGUUUAAUAUAUAUGUUUUAUUAUUAUAGGACAAACUCCUAAUUAAGUUUACUAUUUUAUUCUUUAUUAUUGUUAGUUGUUAUGUUAACAUGUAUGACCUCAUAGUGGUGAAUAUUGAUAAUCACUGGUAAUUCUCGACCUUUACUAAUUAUUUUAGCGAAUUUUUUCUAGUUUUACAAAUACCUCAUAUUGCAGACAUUUACUGGUGAUUGUUGACAUGCAUAAUAGUUAAUAAAUAAAUGUUGACAAACCAAUAAAAAUAAUAUAAUUAUAACUAUUUUACAAUUAAUACUUAA